AUGGAUAUGGGUCACAUGGAGAAAGUUUCCAAAAUGAUGUUUGGUAAAUUUCAUAUGCCUCAUCAAGCUAUAAUUAGAGAUGACCAUUCAACAACAAAAGUUCGGGUAGUAUUUGAUGCUUCAGCAAAAACUACUAACGGAAAAAGCUUGAAUGAAAUACUACACACUGGAUCUAAGCUACAACUGGAUAUAUUUCAACUACUAAUCAAAUGGAGAUUGUGCAAAUAUGUUAUGACAGCUGAUAUAGAAAAAAUGCAUCGGCUGGUGUUGGUAACAGAAGAGGAUCAGCCAUACCAAACUAUCCUAUGGCGUGAGGAUCCGAAACAAACCCAUAGAAGAAUUUGUACUGAAAACAGUAACAUACGGAAAUUCUUGUGCACUAUUCUUGACUAA